AUGCUUCUCAGGAAAGACGCCAGAAUUGAGAGGCCGCAUCGAUACUCUUGCAUAUGUGAAACAUGCGAUCGUGAGCGACUAAACGAUUCGUUGCAGUAUUCUUUAAAAAGGAUCAACACCUACAGAGCAUUGGCAAGUCCGGCGUGGAUGAGUUUAACCAGCCCCGAUCCUAUACUUUCUGCUUUCAAACUCAGUUGGGAAUUGCAACAACUGGCAGUUGUAGAGCACGAGUUCAAGGAAACCUAUCUUCAACUAGCAGAACAAUGCAAACAGUUUGCGUGUGACUUAAUGAGCCAAUGCAGAAGCAGCGAAGAAGUGAUUGCCGUUCUGAACAAGGAGUGUAACGCUCACGACGAGAAUGUGGACGUUUGGGCAUCAAAAUUGAGUUUGUCUCGAUUGAAGCUCGCAAUAAAAUACGAGCAGAAAGCGUUCGUUUCACAUCCACAUUGUCAACAACUCCUCACUUCCAUUUGGUAUGAAGGUUUUCCUGGAAGGCAACAACGGGGUUCUGCUUGGAACAUUAUCGUUUGUAUUAUUUUGAUAAUUCUAUGGCCGGUACUCGCAAUUAGCUACAUACUGGUGAGUUACGUUUUUCUCGAUUUGAUUUUUAAAAAUUUGUCGCCUAAAAUAUAAGA